AGCUUCUUUGUUUUCAUUGAAAUCAAAAUCUUCAGAUAGAGUCUUAAUUCGAGAGUUUGUUGCUGAUUUACGUUCGAUUGUUUUGAUGUUACUCUAGUGCAAGUUAACAUCAAUGGUAUUGUUGUAUCUUGGCUAAGCUUACUCCAUAAAUGUUGCCCACCAUUGACGGGAAGUUAAAGCUUUCAGGAAAGAGGAUUACCUCGUCUCAAUACAAAUUCCAGAUAAGUUGUUUUGAUUCUUACCAUUUUCUGCUAUUUUCUCUUGUGUGUUCUGUGAAUCGUGGAUACUUUGGUUUGCUGGGAAUUGAAAAGAGAAGUGAUGCGCACCAGAUAUUCCAACACUAUGAUGGACUAAAAAUACGUUGGUUGCAUGUUGACACGGGAGAUUUCUUCGGUGCGGAAAUCAUAAAAGAACUGUACUACUUAAGAUACAAUGACACGGGAUUCAAAAUCCAACAAAAACAUGCAGGAAGAUGGCCACUUGAUACCACAUACACAGAGGUUCAAGCAGAUCAAUCUUGACACCAGGUCAUCAGCAUCACCAAAAAAACCUAAGAUGUCCUUGAUAUCC